UGUUAGUAGUUAAUAGCCAUCACUCAUUACUCUCAUUCCAUCCUCUCCAUUGCAGCAACAAUCUAAACCCUGAACCCAAAAUAUGAUUUUAGAUUCUGAGAUUUCCGAAGAAUUCUCACAUCACAAAUCUGGAAUAGCAAGAAUCAAUAAUGCAAGUUUUGGAAGUUGCCCAUUAUCAAUUCUUGCAAUUCAACAACAAUGGCAGCUGAAAUUUCUUUCUCAACCAGAUAAUUUCUACUUCAAUCAUCUCAAACAAGGGAUUUUGGAAUCAAGAAAAUUAAUUAAAGAAUUUGUUAAUGCUGAUCAUGUUGAAGAGAUAUCAAUCGUUGAUAAUGCAACAACUGCUGUGGCUAUUGUACUCAGACAAAUUUGUUGGGCAUUUAAUGAAGGAAAAUUCCAAACAGGUGAUGCAGUUGUUAUGCUUCAUUAUGCAUAUGGAGCUGUUAAGAAAUCGAUACAUGCGUAUGUUGAGACGGCCGGCGGGUACGUUAUUGAAGCAAUGUUACCAUUUCCUGUCAAGUCUAAUGAUGAAAUUGUAAGUGAAUUUAGAAAAGCUUUGAAAAUUGCGAAAUGUGAUGGUAGAAAAAUUAGAUUAGCUGUAAUUGAUCAUAUUACUUCUAUGCCUAGUGUAGUUAUUCCUAUUAAGGAGUUAGUGAAAAUAUGUAGGGAAGAAAAUGUUGAGCACAUCUUUGUAGAUGGUGCAGAUGCAAUUGGUUGUGUUGAUGUCGACAUGAAAGAAAUUGGUGCUGCUUUUUAUACUAGUAAUUUGCAUAAAUGGUUGUUUUGUCCGCCUUCUGUUGCGUUUUUGUAUUGUCGGAAAGGUAGUCGAGCAGAGUUGCAUCAUCCGGUUGUUUCUAGUGAGUAUGGUAAUGGUUUGGCUAUUGAAAGUGGUUGGAUUGGGAAUAGAGAUUAUAGUUCACAACUUGUGGUUCCUUCAGUAUUAGAAUUUGUUAAUAGAUUUGAAGGUGGUAUUGAAGGAAUUAAGAAACGGAAUCAUGAUGCUGUCGUUGAGAUGGGUGAGAUGUUAGCAAAGGCGUGGGGAACGCAACUUGGGUCGCCCCCGGAUAUGUGUUCAAGUAUGGCUAUGGUUGGGCUGCCUGCUAGCUUGGGGAUUUGGAAUGAGGAUGAUGCUUUGAAGUUGAGGACACAUUUGCGUGAGAGGUUCCACGUUGAAGUUCCAAUACACUGUGAGGAAGUUAAACACGGUGAGAUUGGAAAUCAGAAUCAGGAUGGUAGUUUAAUAACGGGAUAUGCCAGAAUUUCUCAUCAAGUCUACAACAAUGUUGAUGAUUAUGAAAAAUUUAGGGACGCCGUUAUCCAGUUGGUUCGAGAUGGAUUUACAUGCAAUAUGCUUUACCCGGGCUGAUAAGUAAUGCUGGGUAUUCCAGUCACCUCUUGACAACAGAAUUCCAAGAAUUGUGGUCUUAAGGAUUUCAGUGACUCUGAAGGCCCUCCUGAAUCUUUAUACAAGGUCAUGUAGUAAUUGAUUUUUAUCAUUACCAUUCUAAAGUUUGUAAUGUAUUCUGUUAUUGUCUCUGGAUUUAAAACCAUUGAAAAUGGCAUUGUACUUUUGAUAUUAGGAUACUCUGGAAACUAAGACCAGAUAUACCUUGUAAGAGCUAGCAAGUACAACUUGUUCAUCUGAUUAAGUUUGAAGGCAGCAGGCGUUGCCUAUGGUUGUCUUGUCUAA